AUGGUGUCUUUCGGAUUCCGGAGCCGCAGUGCUCUUCAGGUGAAGCAUGAGCGUACCCCCGAGGAAAAGUCGUUGAUCCGUCGCCUGGAUAUUUUCUUCAUGACAUUUGGGUGCAUUUCUCAAGUUAUCAAAUAUUUGGAUCAGACCAACAUCAACAACGCCUAUGUGUCGGGUAUGAAGGAGGAUCUUCAACUCUAUGGAAAUGAACUCAAUUUCUUCUCGACUUACUUCAACAUCGCGUACUGCGUGAUGCUCAUUCCCUCACAGAUCAUCCUUACAUAUGUGCGACCAAGCUUCUGGCUUCCUGGACUGGAGAUUGCUUGGGGCAUCAUAACUGGGCUCAUGGCGGUUACCAAGCACGCAAACCAUGUCUAUGCCCUGCGCGUCUUGCUCGGUCUCUUUGAGAGCAGUGCCUGGCCCGGAAUGGUCACCUUGCUGAUGUAUUGGUAUACACCUACUGAGUUGGCCAAGCGUAUAGGAUUCUACCAUUCGUGCCAGGCCCUGGGCUCCAUGAUGUCAGGCGCCAUGCAAGCAGCUAUUACCGAGACGAUGGAUGGUCGACACGGAAUCGCAGGUUGGCGGUGGUUGUUUAUCAUCAACGCAAUCAUCACCAUCAUCUGGGGUAUCUUGGGUAUCUUCAUGAUGCCCGACGUUCCCAACAAACCCAACCCGCUCGCAUUCUGGUUCAGAAAGGGUGAUGGCGAGCUGGCCAUGCUGCGUCUCGCUCGCCAUGGUCGUGCCGAGUCCAAGAGGGUCACCUGGGCAGGAAUCAAGCGCACAUUUUCUGGCUGGGUCGUGUACUUCAUUGCCAUCUUGUACGUCGCCAGUGUAUUGGGAACCUACGGAAACGUCUACUUCUCCCUAUUCCUCAAGUCGCUCAAGAAUGCAGAUGGGACGGCAAGAUGGACUACCUCCCAGGUCAACGCCAUCCCCAUUGGCGCAUAUGGUAUCAAUGUGGUUUUUGUGUGGAUUUGGGCACUCCUGUCAGAUUUCAUCCGAUCCCGGUGGACACUCAUCAUCGCACAGGCUUGUAUUGGCAUCAUUACAUGCAUCAUCAUGAGCGUCUGGACCGCCCAUCCCGAAUCCACGGGUCUGGCUGCGGCGUACGCUUCGUAUUUCCUCGCCUUCACUUGCUUGGGUACCGCGCCCCUCAUCUUCUCGUGGCUCUCUGACCUCAUCCCUCAGGAUCCGGAAGCUCGAACUCUUACUGUCGGUGUGGCUGUUGCGGCCUACUAUGCCAUUUCGUCCUGGUCCCAGGUUCUGACCUGGCCAGCCUCCCAGGCCCCGCAUUACAAGUAUGGAUGGCAGUCAGCCCUGGCUUUGCUGGUUCUGUUGAUUAUCAUGACAUGCACUUUGCGUUUCAUUGAUGUCAAGUACCUUUCCCCCAAGCGAGAAGAGUUCCUUCAACAGUUGGAAGCUGAAAGAGAGGCCGACGCUGCGGACAACGCCUCUAUGGCUUCUGGGGAGAAGGAGCCCAAAGUUGAAGAGACGGCCCAGAAGCAUUCUUAA